GUAACGUUGCAGUAAACGGUGCUGUAGAUCUAUUUCCGGGAUCUGCGUGUUGAGGGCGUAUUUUCUCUUUGUAUUAUUGCUGCACUUUUCUGUCGGAAGCACCAUAGCCCACGCGUUACAAAGAAGCAACCAGAACCUUCUAUACAGAGACUUUACUGUAGACGUACCGAGCAGCAGUGCGCGUAGUGGGCAGUGCUUAGCCGACGUUAGUUGAAAGUUGUUUGUUUCAGUGGAGAAUUGACAGUUACGGCUUGUUAUUGUUCGUCACAGAAGAAAAUUACUGUCGUUUCGGUCAGCGGUAUAUGGUAACGUUGCAGUAAUCGGUACUGAAGAUCCACUUCCGGGACCCAUGCGUCGAGUGCGUGUCGUUGUAUCAUUUCUGCAGUUCUCUCUCACCAACACCAUAGCCCACGCGCUACAAAGAAGCAAGCAGGAUAAACUGCUGCCACCAUUGUAAUCCGAUUCGGAGAAAAUUGUAUCGUUUACGGUGUCGUUAGUUCCAGGGCGUUGAAUGCAGUGUGAGCGGCUACAGCCGUUAGAAUACGACAAGCGACGAUAGCGAACGAGUGACGGCGCAACAAGAUUCGUUUAUUCGAUCGAACACGGAGCUGGUUACUGGUGACCACGCUGACAAGCUGUUGCCGUGUGGUUCGUCGUCGCGCUAAUUUCGUUCGCCAAAGUUGGUGAGGCCCCCCAUUCCACAGUAGGGGCGGUCGCGCUGGACAUGUUCAAUCGGUUGAAGAACCGAGUGCUCACCGUCGUUGCACCAGAUAUGCCCCGAAUUGAGCAUGAAUACCAUCAGAUGCACGGCCGCGACCAGGGCAGUCGUGAACAGAUACUGCCAGAAAAAUUUGAGUACUCCCGGCCCUCGUUUCUACAGCUGUUGACGAACGACGAGCUGAAGGCGAGCGCUGACCAUAAUGUUCGGCCGAUCAUAGUACCGCGGGAUCCCCGGCGUUUGCCGUAUAAUACCGGAUAUGCCGAAUGUGUAAACGCUGGAAAAUCGGUUUGGAACGAGGAUCAGGCCGUCUUCAAGCAGAUGUCCCUGUCUCACCCGAACGAAAACUUCCCAAGUCUGAAGUAUACGUACUUCGGCAUUUUUGACGGGCACGCUGGGUACGCGGCAUCGCUCAUAGCAGCCAACCAAUUCCACCACGUCUUGCACCAGCGGCUGGUGAACAUCGUCGAAAUGCUGUUGCCCCGACUGGGGACUGACAAUUUAGACGCGUCACUGCAUUUGCCACUAUCGCACCCACAGCAGGUGCUCAAUAAGCGUGUCACUAGGCACGAACUGAUCGUGGGUGCGCUUGAGACCGCCUUCCAGGACAUGGACAAAAUACUGGAAGAGGAUCGGACUAGUUAUCGCAUUGGUAGCGGCUGCACCAGCCUGGUGGCACUCUUCAUCCUGGGCAAGCUGUACGUAGCGAACGCGGGCGAUUCACGCGCUGUCCUCUGCAAGCGUAAGUUGAAAGAUAUGGCAGACGAGCAGAGGGCAGAUCGCGUGGUGGUGGUGCAGCCGUGCUCGUACGAUCACACGCCCGAAUCCGAGAGACACCGCCUGUUGACACUCGGGAUGCAGAAUCAGCAUUUGCUUGGAAGCGGCUUCAUCGCUUGCGAGUUUGCAAGGACGGUGGCUGGGGGUGAUCUCGGGAAACCGAUCGUGUACCGAGAUGGAAGGAUGCGCGGCUGGGGCACACGGAUGGUUGAGCAGGCGGAUCUCAAGAGACCGUUGAUCUCAGGGUCGGGUAAGCGUGCCCGGCUGAUGGGAACGAUUGGUGUGUCGCGCGGCUUUGGUGACCACGACCUGAAAGCAUUAACCACCAACCUAUCAAUCAAACCAUUUCUUAGCUCGCACCCCGACGUGAAGUGCUUUGAUCUCGACGAGGUACAAAGGGACCUGAAUUUCGAUGAUGCCGACGGAGACUACGGCAUUCUGGUCAUGGCGACGGACGGCCUCUGGGAUGUGAGUGAGCCGUCGCACGUGGGCAACACUGUGUUCGGAAUGCUGGAUAAGUUCCCGAAACAGCCACGUCGAUAUACGAUGGCAGCACAGGGGCUGGUGGCCCAAGCGCGGGGCCGCGUUAACCAUUUCGGUCACUGGCGACUGUCCGACAUGCGGUCAGCUGCCACCACAGACGACAUCUCCGUGUUCGUUAUGCCGGUUUACCAGUACUACCGUCAGUACUGCGACUGGAAAGAGUCGAUAAACAUUGCAAACACUGCGAUGGGAAACACUGCGACUGGAAACACUGCGACUGAAAACACUGCGACUACGACGAGAGACUUUCGUCCGAUUUUGAAUCCGCCGGAUGCUCACACCACCCGGCACAUCUCGUAUGAUGCGCCCUUGAACCUCAAAUUGCCUGCGAAGAAACCGAACGUUCCUGUCAACGACGAAGCAGCUGCCACGCCCUUGGACUUCACACUACCGCCGAAUAGACCGAACGUCGUCCACAUUCACGAGGGUCAAAUGGACAUUGAUAUCGUCACGCCAUCAGUGAGGGAUGAAGUGAUUGAAAUCACCGACGCCACGGAUGAAGUGAUUGAAAUCACCGACGCCACGGCAUCAAUAAAGGACGAAGUUAUCGACAUCACCGACGCCGCACCAUUCAUAAAGGACGACGAUAUAGAAAUCAUCGACGCCACGACAUCAAUAAAGGAUGAAGUUAUCGAAAUCACCGACGAUGAUGAAAGUGAUGGAGACGGAGGAGACGAAGUGAUGGAGACGGAGGAGACCAAGGAAGCAGUCUCUUCAACAAUAUUAAAUUAA